GCGCCGUGAUGGCGGGUACCCGCAAGCCCUCCGUGAGAUAACUUCGAUAUUAUCAACUAAUUAACUAAUAUCAACUAAUUAAUUAUAAACUAAUUAAUUGUACUGAAUGAGUUUAGUCCACGGUGGAGCUAUUAGGUUUGUUGUAGUUAGGUUUAUUAGGUUGUGGUUUCGUUGGCUAAGUUGUGGUUAAGUUUGCUAGGUUGUAACUAGCCAAGAUGACUAUCAGUUACACUGCUCAAGUGGCGACCAGCAGCCGUGGCUUCGGCUGCUUCUGGAAGCUUCUGUUCAGAUGGCAGGGCAGUAUCUACAAGCUGGUGUGGCACGAGCUCGUCAUCUACUGCCUCGCCUACACCACCAUCUCCCUCAUCUACCGCCUCGCCCUCGACGACCC